UCACCGUCUCGGUUUGAUGGCUCAGCCAACUUGUACGUAUUCGCGAUUUGCGGCAAAACAAAUUAGCAAAAGCAACUAAAAUUUAUCAGUAUUCAAUUGUUUCGUGUUUGGAUUAUUCGAUCAUAUAAUUUAUAACCUCACUUUGAUAACACAACAUCCGUACUAACAUUCAUAGAACUUCAUAGAAUUUUUAUCCUGAAGUAAACCAUAAUGGUCUGCGAGAAUGCAAAGAACACACCGAAGAAGUUAUCUACGAUCAUAUGUUUGCCUUCGGAAACAUUAGUUUCAUUUUGAAAACGAUCACUGUAACGUAUAUCGUAUUCGAAGAAUCAUCUGCUGUUGGAGCUAGCAGUCUUUGUGAUUACUUGGACAAGUACCCGGUAACGAUACGAUCUGUAUUGGACACAACUGCUGGAGCAAUCGAAUCGUGCAUUUUAGAGCAAAUAGAUCAAAACAGCAGUUUGCUUGUAGAGGAAACCCAAAUAAAUAAUUUUAUUCAAUUACUUGAUAUGGAAAAUUUAGACGAAUAUUUGGAUCUUGAUGAAAAAGAAAAGGGUUGUAUUACCGACAAGCCUCUUUUAGAAGUUGGUAAUGAAGAAAUCAUUGCUACUGAGGAUGAAGAUAUGCAUGAAUCUGGCGUGGAUGAUGCAGAUGUAGAUGCUAUUGAAAAGCAAGCUUUGCUAAAACAGUGUAAUCACAGCAAAAUCAGAGUACAUGGUGUUGUACUAGUGGAUAGAAGGUCAGCGCAACGAUUAAACUUAUCGAGUAAAAGCCUGCGUCUAACACAGCUGCCACAAUUGAAUGUAAUCGUGCAAGACUAUAAGAAAGCAAAUUUGAAGAAAAACGAAGCCAAUAUCCGAUCUAAAUCAGAACUGAUAUCUGCCGUGCACUCGGAGAUAAUGAUCGACACAAACUCUGCUACCACGGAGCAAAUUUCUCGUGAAUUAUUAAUCGAUAAUAAUACAGAUUUUCGUAAGCAGCUUAAAAAGUCAGAGUCUGUCACACUAAAUGUUGUACAGGAAUCUAUGGAAAAAACUCCGAUAGAUAGCACUUGUUCCAGUUUAGUGAAAACUAUGGCUGCUGAAAACGAAUUCAAUGUAGUUAAGCAUAGUGAUGAGAGCCAUGCUGAGUUUGUUACUACUGAGCGCUCAAUACAAAAUAAAUCAUCCAACAAAAUAAAAGCCGAUCACAAUGCUUCAAUACCACUCGAUCUUGACACUCAGAAGAAAUCGGAUAAAAGUAUUGAAGGUGCAUUAAGCAAGAAACACACGAGCAAACAGAAAAGGUUAGCAUAUGUAUCCUUGAAAAAACUAGAUCAAACAGAUAUAAAACGAAUUUCGCGUUCUAUUCGAUCCCCCAAAUUGAAAGAAGAAACUGAAAAAAGGAAAACGGCAGAAGAAGUCAAUGUCAGCAAAAAAAUGAAGUUAUCAAAUUGUAAAAUUGGUGAAGCCAAUGUCGUACGGGACGAUGUAAUGACUGAGGAUCCAAACAUUCUACAUUUCAACAGAAAUGAAGCAAACAGUCAUGCAGAUACAAUAAUCUCUGACUCAUCAACCGACGAUAGAAGGGAUUCUGGAUCUUCGAAGCAGUUACCACAAGAAAAGCUGGACGCUAAUCAAGAAAGCAUACAAACAGAUACAUCUGAGGCGUUCGUCGAAAGACUACCGGAUAGUGAACAUAAUGAAUUGACUUCAGAAAUAGAUGUUAUUAUCAAGGAGACAAUUCCUGCAGUAUGUAGUACGGUUGAAAUUGGUUUGAAUGAAUCAUUCAUAUCCGAAGACGAAGGUCCAUUAGUGAUCGAUCUACCCGCAGAACAAAUGACGAAACCAACAGAAAUUCCAUUGACACAAGGAGAAAAUAAUGUUUCAUUUAUUGUUGUAGAUGAAAAGAGUGCUUCUGCACUUAGUGCUUAUAUACAAAAUAAUUGCCGUCUUUAUUUAGAUAAUUUACCUCGUUUGAAAGUAAAACUAAAACGUUUGAACAUACAUGAUUACAAAAUUUCGAAGAAGAUAGAUCGUCACAAACCAAAAUCUUCAGAAAAGACAAACAAGAAGGAUAUGGUUAUCAAGAAAAGAGAAGGCACACACAUUCCUGAAAAGCCUCGUCAAACUGAUUUAGAGAAAAUUGAUAACAAGUUUCUUCCUGCUGGAUCGAAACUUAAAUCACAAGCAAAGGCGAGAUCUAAACCAGAGACUAGUCACAGACACAAACAUGUUCCAGUACCAGAACUGCCUAUUGAACUGAAGGCACAUUUGAAUACAAGUUUCAAAAUUCCUAAGAAAAACGUGGCUGCGAAAUACGUAUCAAUCGAAAGGAAUCCUAGUGAAUUAGAUUGCCUGCAUCGUGAUCAAAAUGAUGCAGAGAAACAACGGAAACGUUUUCAUAAAGAGCGGCGGAAAUGGGAAAAUCGUAUAGGAAGAAAUGAUUCUCAUGACAAAAAUCAAAACAGAACGGAAAACCCACCUCGGGUAACCACUCCUGAAUUUUUUGAUACAUCAUUUGACGAACAUUGUGAUUCGCCUCCGCAUCCCGGAUCGUUAUCGACAGUAGAUGAACAAAAUACACAUCGUAUGACUAAGCCUAUUGCGAAUAGAGAACAACAUGGAGCCUCUAUUCCGAGUUUUGAAGAGAUUUGGGGUCUUCAAUCUGAGAAAACUGGGACAUGGGAUAAAGAGCAAUCAACUUCAAAAAGGCAAAACAAGUUACAAACGCAAGCAAACAAUAAAUUCAAUAAAAACACUAUUGAUUCCGGCGAAAGUUGGUCUCCUGGUGCAACAGGCAAACAGCUAUCAGCAUCAUCAGUGAAUACUAAUAUUGCCAGCCAUGCUAACUUCUCAGAACUUAUCGAUGAUCGUAUGAUUAGCAAAAACAAUACGUCCAUAACAAGCAACACUAUUAACGAUGGUGAGUCUUGGUCACCUAUAGCUGACAAAGAUAAUGUACAGGGUAUACAAAAUAAAGUUGUUUCGAGUAAUGAUCAAAAUUGGAAGCAAAACCAGCUUGCAUCAAACAACAGUCGAACAUCGGAAAGACAGCAACGAAAUUUCACUAUAGCUUCUGGUGACAUGUGGGAUUCGGAUCCGGUGAUAAUCAGUAAACAGUCUUUAUCAAUGCGUAAUAUCAACGAUCAAACAAGAGGUGAAAGAUUAGUGAAUGAAACUGAAUUACUGACUGCUGAUGGUUCAAGAACAGAAAAUAUUGGUUUUAGUGGAACACAAUCAAAACGAGAUCAAAUGAAUCGUACAUCACCAUUGCGUGAAGGUCGUGGUAGAGAUCGUUAUACUGACACUUCCAGACAGCGAGAUUCUGAUUACACACUCUCGAAUCGAUCGCCUAGUAGAAGUCUGCGUAGUAAUGACUAUUCUCCUUCGGAAAGUAACAGGAGUGUCGAACGUCGCCAUUGGAGCAGAGAAUGUUCGCCCAAUCGUCGGAAAUACAGUAGAUCUCCAACAAAUAGAAGGAUAGAAAGUAGAGAAAGAUCUCCCCGAAGCAAGAGACGUGCCAUUGAUUAUUCACCUGAAAGAGGAACUUAUAGAAGGUCCACAGAUCCGUGGGAUCGUUCAAAUUUAAGAUCACCAAAUGAAAGGAGAUCGCCUGGGAUGCGCAGACGCAACAUUGACCGAUCUCCGCUUAUGAGAGAUUUUGGUCAUUACAUAAAUGAUAAAAUGUACAGUCCAGAAAGAGGUCAAAACUCUAACACAUCCCUUCAACGUUCGUUGUCAGAACGGCGAUCUAGUUCGCCUUACUCGCCACGAUCACCAUCAGUGGACAAACGGAAUUCGCCUGGUGAUCUAGACAUGAGUUAUCACGAUAGGAACUCUUCUUCGAACAAUCGAUUCGACAGGUCACAUCUAGGAAGAUUCAAUGCUGCAUUCGAUUCUUCUCGAUCUCCACCAUUCAAUCAAUGGGAUUGGAAAGAGCAAAUUGAGCCUCCUAGAGAAAAACAAAUCAAUUCAAGCGGAACUGUUAGCUCAGGACUUUGGGAAAACCAACAAGAUUUUCAAGAUCGAACUCGUGCGUCUAGUGCUUAUAGUCCUUCUAGCGCUUUAGAAGCUUUAAGCUCCGAAGAUGAAUGUGAUUUUACUAACCCGAAAUAUUCUUCAUCAUCUCAGCAGUUGGUCGAAAACGCUCCUGUACAUAUUCACUCCAGUUCAAAUCUACCAGAAUCGCUAUCGAAUGAAGAGAGCAUAGAUAAAUAUACGGAUGACACUGAAUACAGAUAUAAACAGAUUCACCCGAGAGAUUGUGAUUUAUUAUCUAAUGAAGAUAAAACGGAGAAGCAAAAUGUUUUAGAAAGUUUAAAGUAUAGAGCAGAGAGGCUCAAGAAAUUGGAAGACAUGAAACUAGCGAGGCAGAAGCUUCUGGCUCAGAUUAAAUUGAAUAAUCAGGACAGUACUCAAAAUGAACUGAUGAACUCGGAACCAAUUCCAACAGGUUCAGCAGUGAAAAAUUCUCGGUUAGAGUAUACUGAUAAUUUGUCCACAAUGGCUCCACCGUCAUUAUUAAAGACCGCAGAUGCUCUGUUAAGUAACCUUGAUUUCUUACUCAAUCAACCUCCUCCAUAUCUUCAAGGAGUGCAAAUACCAACGAAACAGCCGAGCUUUGGCAAUAUGGUAUAUCCUUUGCCGAAUGAAGCCCCACCAUCACAGCGGGCACAUGAUACAUCACUACAAGAUCUGUCGAAUCAGAUACCAAAUGUGAAUCCGGAGCAGGUAUCAUCUGAUCCUUGGAAACAUUCAAGUUACUGUUCUGUACCUACUCCGAAUAUCGAUACGAGUCAACCACCGCCACAUCUACUAAAGCCACUGCUCAAUUUCCAACCUGUACCCUCAGAGACAGAGGACCCUUUCGUUCGCGAUCAACGUUGGUCGCCUGAUCGAAAUCAAAAUCAACAAUUUCAUGGAGCUAGUGGAAGAUUCCACCAUCCUUCUGCCGUACUUGCUCAGCCUAGACAGAGUCUAAUUGAUUAUACUCCAGAUGAAGAAGCAUUUCAAUUGCUUCCAGCCGAGGAAAUACGGACGCAAAAUUCUAAUCAAAACCGUUCAUCGCGCAACAAUAGUGGUUAUACAAAUUACAAUGACAAUAUCCAGCAUCAGCGUGAUCCAAGACAAAAUCGAGGCGGAGUUUAUCCACCACAAAAUAGUAAAAAUCAAGGCGGUAAUCGAUUUAAUCAAAACCAACGGAAUCAACGAUUCAAUUUUCAGCAACAAAAUCGCUUCAAUCGAAACAAUCGACAGUUUCCGCAACAGCAUAUGUUUCGAAGAAACAUUUUUAGUAACUUUGAUGAAAGUUGCUUCGAUAUGAACUUCCCGGUUGAUCAUGACAGAAAUACGGAGUGGGCUGAUUAGGAAAAUUCUGUAAAUUAUGAAAG